AAGGCUGCGGGCGCGCCAAGCCUGGAUCUGAGCCGCGCCGGGGCGGGGCGGGUGCGUGGUUUUCCGCCUCCGACGUGUUUCCGGCCUUAAAGGCAUUUUGCCCUUCCCUUUAAGACGCACCGCCCCCCUCUCAGUCACUCCCAAGAUGGCGGACCUACUGGGCUCCAUCCUGAGCUCCAUGGAGAAGCCACCCAGCCUCGGUGAUCAGGAGACUCGGCGCAAGGCCCGAGAGCAGGCAGCCCGCCUGAAGAAACUACAGGAGCAAGAGAAACAACAGAAAGUAGAAUUUCGUAAAAGGAUGGAGAAAGAGGUGUCAGAUUUCAUCCAAGACAGUGGGCAGAUCAAGAAAAAGUUUCAGCCGAUGAAUAAGAUAGAGAGGAGCAUACUACACGAUGUGGUGGAAGUGGCUGGCCUGACAUCCUUCUCCUUCGGGGAAGAUGAUGAGUGUCGCUACGUCAUGAUCUUCAAAAAGGAGUUUGCACCCUCAGAUGAAGAGCUGGACUCCUACCGGCGUGGCGAGGAGUGGGACCCCCAGAAGGCUGAGGAGAAACGGAGGCUGAAGGAGCUGGCCCAGCGACAGGAGGAGGAAGUGGCUCAGCAGGGACCCGUGGUGGUGAGCCCGGCCACCGAUUACAAAGACAAAUACAGCCACCUUAUUGGCAAGGGGGCGGCCAAGGAUGCAGCUCACAUGCUACAGGCCAACAAGACCUACGGCUGUGUGCCCGUGGCCAACAAGAGGGACACACGCUCCAUUGAAGAGGCCAUGAAUGAGAUCCGGGCCAAGAAGCGUCUGCGGCAGAGCGGGGAAGAGUUGCCAUCUACCUCCUAGGCACCCCAGCUCCCGGGGCAGGGCAGGGGGCACGGAGGGACGAGGCUGCUGCUAUUAGAACCCAUCCUGGAGCCCCACCUUCUAACAGCUGUCACUCAGGCACAGUGUUUGUCACUGUUCGAUGUAGGAUAUGUGUGUGUGUGUGUGUGUGUGUGUGUGUGUGUGUGUUAGUAUGUGAAAGUGUGAAUGCUCAGGUGGGUAUUUAAUCUGUAUUAUUCUGUUCUUCCUGGAAUUUUCUUCCCCAUGGGGCUGGGAUUACUUUACAUUCAAUAAACACCGUUUGACCCAA